AUAGAAAUUUUGAAACCGUGACGUCACGAGGCUUUAUCGCAUGCAGCGGCUUCUGUUUUGGUAUGCAGUUUUAAAGAUAAAUAAUUAUUAAUUAAUGCACAAAUUAUCGUUAUUCAUUAAAUAAUCGCAAUGGCAACUGUGGAUAGAAGUGAGGGUGAAGAAAUUGAAGAGGGAGUGGACAUGGAAGGCGCCGAAGAUGACACUACUCAGUCCUCGUUCCCACCAAGGGGUGAGGAACAUGUGACCUAUGAUGUUGAUGCAGAAGAGGAUGGAGGUGAAAAGAAAGGGAAGAAGCGGAAAAAGAAGGAUGGCAGUAGCAAAAAGAAGAAGAAAAAGAAGAAGCAUCACCAUGACGACGAUGGUUCAGAUGAAGAAAAACACAAGAAGAAAAAGAAAGACAAGAGCAGUGUUGACUUGGGGGCUCCCAGAGAGAGACCUCGGCCUGGCCUUGAGACCUCUGCAGACAUUGCCGUGAAGUUUGGUCUGGCCAACAUAGAGCUGGAGUACACGGAGGAAGACUUUGAGGCCCUCACCAACUACAAACUCUUCCGUGAACACAUCCAGCCCCUCAUAGUGGAGCAGAACCCCAAGGUCCCACAGGCUAAGCUUGUGAACCUCAUAGCAGCCAAGUGGCGCGAGUUUGCGCAGGCUGCAGGCCAGUACAAGAAGUCUAGGCAGGGAAUGGUCAGCCCGACUGGGGAGGCGCCAGCUGAGAAGAUUGUGGAUACCCCUGCGCAGGCUAAAGAGACGCAGUCAGAUGAAGACACAGCUGAGGAUUACUACACAGAGGAGAAGGCGGCGGCAUCGUCGUCAGGCAAGAAACGUCGAGGCCGCAAACCCAAGGAGCAGAAAGUGGUGGAGCCGCCCCCGCAGCAGGAAGAGGAAGUGGAGGAGGAGAGCAUGAUGGGAGACGAAGAAUACGUCGAGGAGAAGCCUAAAAGGAGGCGAGCCGCUAAGAAGUCAAAGAAAGCACUGGAUGCUAUGGAUGAUGAAGAGUUUGAUGAUGAGGAAUACGUGGAGAGCAAGUCCAAGAAGAAGAGGGGGGGCAAGAAGAAGAAGGGGGCGGACUAUGAUGAUGUAGAGGAAGAGGAGGAGGAAGAAGAUGUGUCCUUCAAUGAGAGUAAAUCCAGUGGUAAGAAGAAGAAAGGAAAAGCAGUGGCACCAAUCAAAAUCAAGCUGACUACAAAGAAAAAGAGACGAAGAAAGGGCAGCUCAGACGAAGGAGACGGCGGAAACAACACGUCUGACGAGGAAUUUGAACGCCAGCUGGAGGAGGCCAGCAUGAUCGCUGAGCAGGAGAGGGAAGAGAAACCCAAGCGUGCAAAGAAAGGAAAGAAAGCUGCCAAGGGCAAGAAGAGGCUCAAACUGGGCCGCUCCUUUGGGGGUGAUCCUGAUGCCGAAGGCUAUGAGACGGACCACCAGGACUACUGUGAGGUGUGUCAGCAGGGAGGGGAGAUCAUCCUGUGUGACACCUGCCCCCGGGCCUACCACCUUGUGUGUCUGGAGCCUGAACUGGAGGAGGCACCAGAGGGGAAAUGGUCCUGUCCUCACUGUGAAAAUGAAGGUCCCCAGCAGGAAGUGGUGGAGGAGGAUGACCACAAUGAGUUCUGUCGUGUGUGCAAGGACGGGGGAGAGCUGAUGUGCUGUGACCAGUGCCCCUCCUCCUACCACCCCCACUGUCUCUACCCGCCCGUCAAGGAGGUGCCACAGGGAGAAUGGAUCUGCCCACGAUGCUCUUGUCCUCCACUCAAGGCAAAGGUGGCCAAGAUCCUGACAUGGCGCUGGACUGAGCCUCCCCACCCUGAGAAGUCUAUGGAGGAGAUGGACCACACACAUGAACAUCAUCUGGAGCCCAAGUCUUCAGCUGAUCAUAAGCCACAGCGUGAAUUCUUUGUUCGCUGGCACGGACUGUCCAUGUGGCACUGUGACUGGGUGUCAGAACUUCAGUUGGACGUGUACCAGCAACCCCUGACACGUAUGUACAUCCGAAAGAACGACAUGGAUGAGCCACCGCCCCUGGAGGACGGAAGCAGUUGGGGCGGGAAGGACCGCAAGCGUGACAACAGCAAUGAUAACCUUGAGGACAGGUUCUACAAGUACGGGGUGCGACCGGAGUGGCUCCAGAUACAUAGGAUCAUCAAUCAUAAGACUGAGCGCGGUGCCCAGUAUUACCUGGUGAAGUGGCGUGAUCUCAAUUACGACAUGGCCACCUGGGAACCGGAAGAUAGUGAGGUGCCUGAAUUCAAAUCACACGUCGACUACUAUGACAACCUGAGGCGAGUGAUGCUGGGGGGUCCAGUUGAGGAGAAGCCGAGAAGCAAGAAGAAGGGCAAGAAAAAGAAGGAUGAUGACUCUGUCGACUCCCCCAGGCCUCUAGGCAUGCCCCCUUCAUACCCUAUAACAGAUUUGCGUAAGCAGCUUCCAGGCGACCCUGAUUACAUUGUGGCAACUGGUGGGACACUGCAUCCGUAUCAGCUGGAGGGACUCAACUGGCUGCGCUACUCGUGGGCUAACGGCACGGACACCAUCCUUGCAGACGAGAUGGGACUGGGCAAGACUAUUCAGACUAUUUCCUUCUUGUCCUCACUGUAUAAUGAGGGCCACUGCAAGGGUCCAUUCCUGGUGGGAGCCCCACUGUCCACCAUCAUCAACUGGGAGAGGGAGUUUGAGUUCUGGGCUCCCAACCUUUACGUGGUCACUUACACAGGGGACAAGGACUGUCGGGCUGUCAUCAGGGAGAACGAGUUCUCGUUUGACGAGGGAGCCAUUAGGGGCGGCACAAAGUCCUGGAAGAUGAAGCAGGGAAGCAGUGUGAAGUUCCACGUGCUACUGACUUCAUAUGAGCUGAUCAGCAUUGACACGGCCACACUCGGCUCCAUAGACUGGGCCUGUCUGGUUGUCGACGAGGCCCAUAGACUCAAGAAUAACCAGUCAAAGUUUUUCCGUAUCCUUAGCAACUAUAACCUUGGUUACAAGCUGCUGUUGACAGGCACACCACUACAGAACAACCUGGAAGAGUUGUUCCAUCUGCUCAACUUCAUGUCUCCUGAUAUCUUCAGUGAGCUGCAGACAUUCCAGGCUGAGUUUGCAGACAUCUCGAAGGACGACCAGGUGCGCAAGCUGCAUGACAUGCUGGGCCCCCACCUGCUGCGCAGGUUGAAGGCCGACGUGCUCAAGAACAUGCCCAGCAAGAGCGAGUUCAUCGUGCGUGUAGAACUGAGUCCCAUGCAAAAGAAAUACUACAAGUACAUCUUGACCCGGAACUUCAGUGCUCUGAAUAUCAAGGGGGGUAACCAGGUGUCGCUACUCAACAUCAUGAUGGACCUGAAGAAGUGCUGCAAUCAUCCAUACCUCUUCCCCACCGCACAAUCCGAAGCCCCCCGCCUCACCAACAAUGCCUACGAGGGUACAGCACUCACCAAGGCCUCGGGGAAGCUCAUACUGCUGUCCAAGAUGCUCAGGAAGCUCAAGGAAGAUGGACACAGGGUCCUCAUAUUCUCACAGAUGACCAAGAUGCUGGACAUUCUGGAGGACUUCCUGGAACAUGAAGGCUACAAGUACGAGAGAAUAGACGGGGCCAUCACAGGGGCAAUGAGGCAGGAUGCCAUAGAUAGGUUCAAUGCUCCUGGUGCAGAGCAGUUCUGUUUCCUGCUGUCCACUAGGUCAGGAGGCCUGGGGAUCAACCUGGCCACAGCUGACACUGUCAUCAUCUAUGACUCGGACUGGAAUCCACAUAACGAUAUUCAGGCCUUCAGUCGAGCCCACAGAAUCGGUCAGGCCAACCGCGUCCUUAUCUACCGGUUUGUGACACGAGCCUCUGUGGAGGAGCGUAUUACACAGGUGGCCAAGAAGAAGAUGAUGUUGCAGCAUCUCGUGGUGCGCCCGGGCGUGGGCAACAAGACCACCUCCAUGUCCAAACAGGAGCUAGACGAUAUCCUCAAGUUUGGAACGGAAGAACUCUUCAAGGAGGUCGAAGGUGAGGACGGUGAAGAGGAGAAGCGUAUCGUGUACGAUGACGAGGCCAUUGCCCAGCUGCUGGACAGAUCCAAGGAGGCCCAGGAGGAGAAGGAGAUAGCCAUGAACGACUACUUUGACUCCUUCAAGGUCGCCUCCUACACAGUCAAGGAGGGGGAGAGUGAUGAGGAGGAGCCAGAGACAGAGGUUCUGAAGCAGGAGGCGGAGCAUGCUGACCCCGCCUACUGGGAGAAACUGCUGAGACACCACUAUGAGCAGCAGCAGGAAGACCUGGCGCGCACCCUCGGCAAGGGCAAGCGCGUCCGUAAGCAGGUCAACUACAACGAUGCAGCGCUUGGUAACCAGGACGACGUGGCCUGGAAGGAGUCCAUGUCUGACUAUGAUUCAGACUUCAGCCACAAUGGGGAGAAUGAAGAUGAUGAUGAUGAUGAAUUCAUGGGCGAUGGGUCCAGAGAUGCAAUUCGUAGCAAGCGUUCAGAGCGCCGUGAGAGGGACCGGCCCCUGCCCCCACUGCUGGCCAGGGUCAACGGGCAGAUUGAGGUACUGGGCUUCAACGCCAGACAGAGGAAGGCCUUCCUCAACGCUGUCAUGAGAUACGGCAUGCCUCCCCAGGACGCCUUCAACUCACAGUGGCUGGUACGAGACCUCAGAGGCAAGUCUGAGAAGGUGUUUCGAGCAUACGUGUCGCUGUUCAUGCGCCACUUGUGCGAACCAGGGGCAGAUAAUGCUGAAACGUUCGCAGACGGUGUGCCUCGAGAGGGCCUGUCCAGACAACACGUGCUCACAAGAAUUGGCAUCAUGUCCCUCGUGAGGAAAAAGGUUCAGGAAUUUGAAGCAGUAAAUGGGUUAAACAGUAUGCCAUACACAAAGGCAACAGAAGCAGUAGAAAAAGCCAAAUUUGAGAAGGAGAAUGCCUCAUCGCCCUCUGGAAAAGAGAAAGCAGCAGAGACAGAUAAGAAUGGUGAAGAGAAAGCAAAUGUUGAAGCAGAGGGUAAAGACAGCGAAAAAACAGAGACAGAAGCAAAGGCUGAAGCAGAAGGAAGUGCCAAGGCAGAGAAAGAUAUUGCUGAAGAUGGGGAUAAAACAUUAGAUAAAGAGGCAGAGAAAUCAGAAGGUGCUGAAAAGGAAAAGGAGGAAGAAGAGAAAGGUGCUAAGGAUGAAAAGGGAACAGAGAAAGGGGAUGGGGAUGGAAAGGCUGAUGAUAAAGUGGAAGAUAAGUCUGAGAAGAUGGAUACUGGUGAAGCUAAGGAGGUCAAGACCGAUGAGGCCAGCAAAGGUGAUGAGUCUGAGAAAGCUGUGGAGACAGUUAAGGCAGAGAAACCGAGUAUAGAGGUCAGCACCAAGGAAGAACCUAUGGAUACAGGCGACUCUGCUUUGUCUGAUGGUCAGAAAGUACAAGAAGAGAAAAAGGAUGAAGUAAAGACGGAGGUUAAAGAAGAGAAAAUUGAGGGUGAAGAACAGGACAAAAAGGAGGCUGAUAAAGGAGAGAUUGCUGCGGUUAAAGUCGAAGGUGACAAGGACAAGGAAGAUAAAGAUGUUAAGGAUGAGAAGAGUGGCAAGGAGACCGGAGAUAAGUCUGAGGACGCCAAGAAGGAAGAGACCAACCAGAAGUUCAUGUUCAACAUUGCAGAUGGGGGCUUCACUGAGCUGCAUACACUCUGGCAGAACGAACAGCGGGCGCUACUCAAGAGCCGUGAACAUGAAGUGUGGCAUCGUCGUCAUGACUACUGGCUUCUGGCAGGCCUUGUCACUCAUGGUUACGGUCGCUGGCAGGAUGUUCAGAAUGAUUCAAGGUUCCAGAUCAUCAAUGAACCCUUCCUGUCUGAACAGGGCAAGGGUAACUUCCUGGAAAUCAAAAACAAGUUCCUGGCUCGCAGAUUCAAAUUACUGGAGCAAGCCUUGGUGAUAGAGGAGCAGCUGCGGCGGGCAGCGUACCUCAACCUGACCCAGGACCCUUCACACCCGGCCAUGGCGCUCAACACGAGGUUUGCUGAGCUCGAGUGCCUGGCAGAGUCUCACCAGCACCUGUCCAAGGAGUCUCUGGCUGGCAACAAGCCCGCCAACGCAGUGCUGCAUAAAGUGUUGAAUCAGCUGGAGGAGCUGCUGAGUGACAUGAAGCAGGAUGUGAGCCGGCUGCCUGCCACGCUGGCGCGAGUCCCGCCGGUCAGCCAGCGCCUGCAGAUGUCUGAGCGUAGCAUCCUGGGUCGCCUUGUCAACCCUGGUCAGGCCCCGCCCACCACAGCUACCAGUGCCACCCCCAGCCCUGCUCCAUCCACCUCUAGUGGAGUACGACCUGGGGCUAGCACCCCCAACAUGACUGGACAUCGCUCUGCCACUAGCACACCUGUCUCUCUAGACUUGGGCUUUCCUCUGCAUCCGGUGCACGGGCUAUUCGGGCCAAUACCCGGACCGGCUGGCGAAGUUCCCGCAUUCUGGAGCUCCGAAAUCGCCCGCUCUCUGGGGCUCGAUUCUCUUGGGCCACAGCCGCCCGUGUCGUCUCAACAUCAGUAGCGCCCCCUAGGGGUUUACUGCUGAACACUCUUGAUGUAGCCUUUAACUGCAUCUGGUCAGUAACAUCCCAUGCUGUAGAUAAGCCUUCAGGGGACAGCAAAUCUGGGGCCAUAUGCCUGGAAUAGCACAGCCCCUGCAGGGGACAGCAAAACUGGGGCCAUAUGUCUGGAAUAGCACAGCCCCUGCAGGGGACAGCAAAUCUGGGGCCAUAUGUCUGGAAUAGCACAGCCCCUGCAGGGGACAGCAAAUCUGGGGCCAUAUGUCUGGAAUAGCACAGCCCCUGUUGGGGACAGCAAAUCUGGGGCCAUAUGUCUAGAAGAGCACAGCCACCUGUAGGAUGUUUGCAUUCGGGCGGCUUUGGUAUCAUAGAACAUCAUACAGACUUUGUCAACUGAACGGACAGUGCUUUUCAUAAAUUGAGAGAUGUUAUUGUUCAGCUUCAUGCAUUUGUUCCGUACAUUCUUAAACAUUAUUUAUUGAAAUAAUUGCAUGUUUCCAUGUGAAUAGUUGUCAUCCCAUCAAGCGCCAACGAACAAUAUUCAGUAACUGUGUGAAAGUAAUUGUUAUACAUGUGUCCAUUGUGUAGUGUGUAUAUUGUGUCAGUUAAUGAAGACGAGAGUCAAACAUGGUGUUUCCAUUGUGUCAGUUAAUGAAGACGAGAGUCAAACAUGGGUGACUGCACUGGGACAUCACAACAACUAUAGUUCUUUGUAAGCAGUUACAUGGUAUUAGUGGACAUGUGAAGAUCUCGGGAAGUUUUCUUAUUAUAAUGUAUUUAGCUUAUUAUAACAUGAGUAUGCAUUUAUUUCAGCUUUUUCAUUAUUGUAUUGGCGUUUUGAUAUUGUAUGUCAUUACUUUGAAUAAAAUACGUUUUCUAAAACGAAAUCCACCAAAGGAGAUGGUAGUUUGAAUCGUUAGUGGGAAGACAUGUAAAAGGCUGUAGAAAAUCUGAUAAUUUCUUGGCUUUUGUAUAAUUUUAUUGAACAUGUCAUUAGCAUUGAAGUAGAAAAUGUACAACUUUUUUGCUCAACAUCAUUUUUUCUAGUGAUCAUUUUCAUUACUAUUCCAGCAAAAACGCACUUAAAUCAUGUAACAUAUGUGGACAUGCGUGUACCAUUUCAAAUUUCUUUUCUAUUGUCAUGCUUUUUUAUCACCUUGUUUAUGGCAUGGUACCAUGUUGUUGUUUUGUAAAGUAAUAAAAUAGAAAAGCUCUUGUA